CCUGAUGCAGGUUUGCAGCCGGGUGAGCAGGGGGAUGAAUGCGAGCGGCCGCACGGAGCCGAGCGCUGCCCAGCACCGCCAGCCAGCCCCGCCGGGCUCAGCCGGGAGCACGGGGCAGGGCGAGGCGCGGGGCUCUAGGGAACCUGUCCGCGGGGCAAUCCCAGCACGGCGGGUCAGGGAGCCCUCUGUGCCUCAGGGGGCGGCCAUGGGCUGCCGGAGGGUGCCCGGCCCCGUGCUGGCCCUGCUGCUGCUCCUGUGCCCUCCGCCCUCGCCAGCCUGCCCGGCCGCCUGCCGCUGCGCCCCGGGAGAGGCGGACUGCAGCGAGCGGGGCCUCCGCGAGGUGCCCUGGAGCCUCCCGACCAACACCAGCGCCCUGCGGCUCGGCUACAACUUCAUCACCGUGCUGGGGCCGCGCUCCUUCCCUGCGCUGCCGGAGCUGCGGCUGCUCAGCCUGGCCCACAACCGCCUGGAGCUGAUCCACGGCCAGGCGCUGCUGGGGCUCGGGGCGCUGCAGGAGCUGGACCUCAGCCACAACCUCCUCACGGUGCUGACCCCCGAGACCUUCCUGCCCCUCACCAGCCUGGCCACGCUCAACCUGGGCAGCAACAGGCUGGGGGAGCUGGAGCCUGGGGUGCUGGGCGCCUUGCCUCAGCUCCGAGCCCUUCUGCUGCAGGACAACCCCUGGGUGUGCAGCUGCGGCAUCCUGCCCCUCUGGCGCUGGCUCAGCCACAACAGGGAGAAAGUGCGAGAGAAGAGUUUGCUCCUGUGCAGAGUUCCGGAGCAGCUGAACAAGUAUCCGAUCAUGGCCUUUGGGGAUGAGUCCUUCAGGCAAUGCCAGGGGACCUCGCUGUCCUCCCAGCAGUACAUCACCUUCUUCAUCAUUGGACCCUUCUCCUUCAUCGCCAGCAUCUUCUUCUGCACCUUCAUGGGGUCCCUCAUAGUGUUCUACCACAGCCUGCACCGGGAAUCCCACUGCUGGAGGAGACCCCGCAUCUGCAGGGUGCACUGAGGCAGCUCAGCCAGGCUCUGCCCUGGGCAGGCUGUGCUCCAUCCUUGCCCGUCUCCAGGUGCCUGCACCCACCCGUUGUAAACACACCCCUGUGGACCAUGAGAGGAAGUUCUGCUCCUGGAAUCACUUUGGAUUUUCUCAGAGUCCCCCAAGGUGGUGCCAAGCUGCCUCUGCCAGGGGGGAGCAGCCUCUGGAUCAGCUCUCUGCAAGGCAUGGGCUGACCACAGGUGCUCUCAGUGUUUUGGGAGGCUCCCCAAGGCCAUCCUCAGAUCUGCAUAUCCCCUUCCUGGGGGCAUCCAGGUGAUCCUUCUCCCCUUGUCCUGCCCCCUGUGCUGCCCAGGCCCCUCAGGGUGUAUUUAGGAUGCCCCAGAUGCCUCACUGUGCCUUUAGGUGCAGCCUGGGAGCCCCUGUGUGCAUCCCAGGACUCACCAUAUUCCUCUUGGUGCCUUUCAGGCCACCCCAGGAGUCACCAUUUACCUUUUGGUGUAGCCCAGGAGCCUCUCUGUGCCUCUGUUCCCAAAGGCUGGCCUCACUGGCCAGGCCCCACACUGGCCCCCAGGGGAUGGGGAGCCCAGCAGUGGCAGGGGACUGUGUUCCCCAGGAUGGAGGUGGGACAGGGCCAGCUGCCAUGGUGCUGGUGUUGGGACAGUUCCAGACUGUCCCCAUCCCCUCGCUGCAAGGCCUGUGCCCCACUCUGGCUGUCCCCUGGGUGUCCCAGAAUGGGGAUGCCCUUUCCCUCCCAGUCUCCCCUACAGCCCCUGGCCUUUCUCCCUGCUGGUUUCUCCAUCCCUUCCUGUCCCUCCACUGUUUGCAGACCCUGCAGCAGGGCUGGGUGAGGCUCUGAUUCACCACAGGGCUCCCUGCCAGCUUUGCCAGAAGGCAGAGACAGAAAGAGUCACACAGCUCUGGAAUAAACCACUUCAUGAUCCA